AUGGGCUUAGCGGAUGCAAUUGAAAGGCUCAAAAACCUCGUCAAUUCAAAGCCCUCAAAAAGUCGUUCAGAUUCCACCAGCACUACUCGCAGUAAUACAAGUUAUGUUCCUACGUCAUUUUAUAAUAUGAAUCGUGGUGACGAUAGCUCGUAUGUUGAUGUCGAAUGUAUCGCUACCGAUGAAUUUAUCCGCGUUUCCGGUGUGAAUUUCAACAUGCAAUGUUCUGAUUUCCUACUCCAACUUUGUUCAUUACUUGGUUUAAAAGCAACGGACUAUACGUUUUUAGUCCCAAGCGACAGUCGUUCUGGAGCUCGGGGCAUUUGUUGGCUUUGUGCUGCACCUAGUAGUACGCUUGGUUCGUAUAUCAAUCCUGUUACAACCCAAGGAAAUCUACCGCCUAUGGUUCGGCUCAUGGCUAAAUGCUGUUUCAAAAGAUCUGCAAAACUGUAUCAGUAUCCAUUUCUUGACAGGAAGUUCAAAUAUCCUAUAACACCUAUAAAAACGGGUAAAGAAUUUUUGGACGAACUGGGACAUCGGAUUAUUGUACACUUACCGGGAAAUCGCAUGGUUGUCGUCCGUGGUCAGUUAGAUCAACCUAUUAAUAAAGUUCUUCAAAAGGUGUCUACAGAGUUUCGUAUUGAUCUAAAUAAUUACUCCAUUACUAAUCCCAAAACGGGAACAGUUUUAGACCCAAAAGGUACCUUUUCACGCCAGAAUGCGGAGCAAAUUGAACUUAAAGAACGAGGGAAAGGUAAAUCUAGCAAAAACUCAAAGUCAGCUGGAAAUGUUCAAGCUGAUGACUAUCCACGAUCCAACUCAGAAAUGGAAUAUAAAAAGGGUCCAGCGCCAAGUAUACCUGGUCAACCACAAAUAAUUCAUCGACAUCUAUCUCCUUUUGCCGAUAUACCUGACAAGAUACGACCGUCUAGUUAUGCAACACUACCAACUCAGAAAGGUGAUUUUAAAAGGUUGGAUGGUAAACGACAAUCAGCUGUUGAACCUCAAACAAAUAAACACUCAGUUGAUAUUUGUUAUUCACAUGAAUUAUUGAAUAGUAAACAAUCAGUUACAAGCAUUGUGAAAGAUAAAGGAGAUAUUCAAAAGCGUAAAUCAUCUACCAUGGUCAGUUCAUAUGGAAAAAAGGAAUCAGAAAGACGAGGUCAUUCAAUCGCAGCACCACCACCACCUCCACCAGCUACACUUUUCGAUUCUACUACUGAUAAUGUCAACAUGCUCAAAUCAACACAUAAAAAUUCUCGUAAAUCUGAAUUGCUCUCACAGAAAAAGAGUAGUUGUUCAGACGAUGAAUCUUUUCAAGAAGACCUCAAAUCAAAUAGACUCUCAACUGCCAAAAAUCAUUCUCAAGAAAUAAGGUGUAAAACACCGACCAAAGUGAAUCCCACUAAAAAGAAGGAAUCACAAAGACGAUGUCAUUCAAUCGCUGCACCACCACCACCUCCACCACCUACACUUUUUGAUUCAACCACUGCUAAUGUCAACAUGCUCAAAUCAACACAUAAAAAUUCUCGUAAAUCUGGAUUGCUCUCACAGAAAAAGAGUAGUUGUUCAGAUGAUGAAUCUUUUCAAGAAGACCGCAAAUCAAAUAGACUCUCAACUGCCAAAAAUCAUUCUCAAGAAAUAAGGUGUAAAACACCGACCAAAGUGAAUCCCACUAAAAAGAAGGAUUCACAGAAAAGAUCUCAUUCGCCUCCACCUCCACCACCGACAUCUACGUACCAAAAAUCGACGUCAAAUACGCCACGGAUACCACCUCCACCUCCACCUCCAUCAUUGCCUUCGUAUUCGGCUGUGCGUGCCUAUUCAGUUGAUUCAGCAGAUAAAGAUUCUCGUAAAUCUGAUUCAUUCUUACUUCGAAUGAAUAGUUGUACAAAUGGUGAACGAGAUUCAACAGCGACAGCUGUCAAAAAGCUUAAUUUUAAAAAUAAUUUACAAACACCCAGUGUAGAAAUGCUUACAGAAUUGACAAAUGCUUUGAAUUCUUUAAGAAAAACUACAAAUAAUAACGAUACGGAGCAUAUUGACUUUUCAAAAAAACUUCCUGUUAAUCGAGGCAAAAUAAGUUCAGCGAUUCGAAAGAAUUCAUCCGACAAUGCACAUGUACAAAAAAAUAUUUCUUCGGACAAAUCAAAUACUAUGAUGCAAUCUGUCAUGGAAUCUGAUGAUGCUUAUUCUAUGGAUACAUUGUCAUCAUUGUCAUCCGCUGUUUCACAAACAUAA